AUGUCUCUAUCUGCCGAUCCUCACUUACAAAUCGAGGAAACUACGGUUUCGAAUAUAACAACUGCAGAAAACCAUGUGAUUGCUUCAUCGAAUAAUAGUGCAGGUGCUGAUUACGAAGAAACUUAUCUUUUUGAGGAACGAACGAAAACUAGCAAUACCCUUAGUCCUGAACAAGCAUUCGCUCAUAUGGUUAAAGCUAUGUUGGGCACUGGACUUCUCUCAUUACCUCUUGCUUUUAAACAUGCUGGAUUAUGGUUGGGUUUGGUGCUAAUGGUUAUAUUAUGCGGUAUAUGCCUAUACUGCAUGAGGCUAGUAGUUUAUGCUGCACAUUACAUCUGUCGAAGAAAUGGUAGAGAUAUUAUCGAUUAUGCCAAUGUUAUGCGGAGUGCCGUAGAAAGCGGACCAACCUGGAUAAGUGUCCACGGAUAUUUCUUCAAGCAGUUAUUAAAUAUUAAUAUGUUUUGUGCUCAGCUUGGAUUUUGCUGUGUAUAUUUUGUGUUUAUGGCUGAUAACAUCCAAAGCUUUUUCGAUAUGAACACGAUGAUUCACCUACCCAGAUCACUGUGGAUGGUAAUGCUUCUUAUUCCUAUACUGUCGAUAUGCUCGAUUCGUCAUUUAAAUAAGCUUGCUCCAUUCGCUCUUGCCGCAAACUGUUUAUAUUUGUGUGCUGUAUUUAUCUUGUUGUACUUCUUCUUCUCUCAUUUGAAGCCGUCCUUCAAUUUCCCAGCUAUUGGACAGAUUGAAAACAUUCCUCUUUAUUUCGGAACAGUUUUGUUCGCUUUUGAGGGAGUCGCUGUGGUUUUACCGGUGGAAAACCGUAUGAGUCAGCCACAACUUUUUAUCAAAUGGAACGGAGUUUUAAAUUGUUCAUGUUUGGUUGUGAUGGUUAUAUUUACGAUGAUGGGGUUUUAUGGUUACCUUGCUGUUGGUGAUGAAGUUAGCGAUACGAUCACUCUGAAUGUGCCACACGAACCAAUGUAUGAAAGCAUUAAGCUCAUUUUUGCGAUGUGUGUAAUGGUGUCAUAUCCCAUACAAUUUUUCAUCCCAAUGGAACGAAUCGAAAAAUGGGUGACUAGAAAAAUUUUAGUUGAAAAUCAAAAACUUUACAUCUAUUUCGCGCGAUAUGGAAUUGUGUUGUUGACAUGUGCAGUUGCAGAGCUCAUUCCACAUCUUGCCUUAUUUAUUUCAUUUAUUGGAGCUUUCUCAGGAUCUUCGAUGGCUCUCCUCUUCCCACCUUUCAUCGAUCUCCUUAUCUCGCAUUCUCGAGGCAAAUUAGUGCUCAAGGUUUGGAUAAUCGAUUUAACCUUACUAUUUUUUGCACUGAUUGGUUUGGUGACAGGAACGUACACUGCAUUGAUUGAAAUAUUCAAAAAAAUUGGGCAGGCAGUGUAG